CACAUUUAAUGCAGGUUCACAUGCGAUAUUCCCACUGGUCCGUAAAAAAAGAAUGGCAGUAAAAAAUCAUUUUAGCUGCUGCUUGCUGACGCGAUAGACCACGGAAGCCAUUUCUAAGAAGAAAAGCUACAAAAAGCGCCCUUUAUGUGAGAAAGGGAUUUCUCCAGCAGUGAAAAUAGUUGCCUGACAAACCGAAUGACGCACAGAGCACUGAUGCUUAUUCAUGAAUGGACUGAAGAUAAUAAAGGUUACGUAGCUCUUCGUUGUCACAGUAACGGCGUGAUUUAUGAAAUGGCACAUUUUCAGUACACACCACUGCGAACAGUUUUUCUUAGCAGUAAUUGUCUUUAUACGUCGUUUGUUUUUAGAAUGUAUUUUACAUCAUUUUUUUAUUAGAUACAUGCUGUUCAUAAAUGCUCGAAAAUGUCGAUACGUACAGAGCAUGCGCAGUCGGCAACACACUGAGGCGGUAAUUGGCGGAAAAAUAGGAGUGUAAUUUGUCAAUGAGCAAAAUAGUAGCGAAGGACGAGCAGUUAAACAAGCCGCUGAGUAUCUGUGGAGAAUGACCUCGCGAUGAACUAAGUGUUCAACUGUAGCGUUCCACUUUAGCUACAGUUUCUCAACAAAUGCAACCACAAGUCUGCUCUCCUCAUUACUGUUACUGUUUCUGCACUGACUUUUAAGGCCCUGUCUGAGAGGAAAGGUGACCUGCUAAAUCAGGUGCUUCUUGGGAAAAGAAACAGGACAAAUAGGAAAUUUCACUCUGGCGAGGCAUGAAAUGGCUUCUCUCCCUACAAUGAAGAACAUUCCCAAUGUAGAAAAUGCCUUUAAAGCAUCCAAGAAACACAAAAACAAGAAAAUGAAAAAGGAAAAAAAGGAUAAGAGCAAAAAGCAUGUGCCUGACUUGUUGCACGACGGCUGCCAUGAGGCAGUGUUUACACAAAUGCAAGAGACUAAGAAAAGAAAAAAGCCAAAGAAGAAAAUCAAACCGAAGAAAGACUUUCAGCAACCUAAAUUAAAUAAACAGCUCAAACAACCUGAAGAUACGUACCAAACUCAGCCCAUCAUCUGCAUCUUCCCUGAUCAGGAGACACCACAUUCAACUGAGAAGGAGUGUAAUAGAAGCAUGAAACGUAAAAAGAGAGUCAAUUUCAACUUGCCACCUGAGCAGAGCCAAGCUGCAAAGACAAAUAAUGAAGAAUUUGGAAAGAAGCAGCUGGUCGGUGAAAGCAGCUUGGAAUCCAGCACAGCUGAAGAAAUAAACAGCCAAGACCUGUUUAUCACACAGAAAUCAUUCUUGGAUCCAUAUGUGGAGAUCUCCAGCAGCUCAAGCUCCAGUGCGGGCACUACCAUGAAGGCGCCAGAGAACCGCUCAUGUAGUUUAACUGCUGAAGCAACCACUCAAACCGAAAACUUCUUUACCCUCUCAGCACUCUCCACUUCUCUCAGGUUUCAGCAGCAGCAGAACACGUCCAAAAGCUUGGAGGAACCGGUAGACCUGAGCCUGCCAAACAGAACAAGACGAAGGCAUGGCCCAAAACAAUCCACUGUAGAUUCUGCGAAACCACCCCUGCUGAAGAUAUCAGGCUCAUCGAGUGAAGACGGCGAUACGGUGCCCAAGGCCAAAGGUGAUCUGCUCCAGCUGAAGGUCAUCCAGACCCGCUUGAACGAGUCUUUCUUUUUUAAGGUGAAGGGUGAAGAUUCUCCGAAGCCCAUGUGCCCUUUGAUGAAGCUCACGGAAAGUGUUGAGAAAAGAACGAAGUAAAAUCCGACUAAGCUAAGAUGUUACAAAUUCAUGAUGAAAAAAAGCAGAGAGUUCUGUGCACACAGCUUUGUUAUUUGCAGUUUUAUUCUGUAUUUUACAUUGUUUGCUUCAAUGUUUAUUCAGUGUUAUUAAAUAUGAAUGUUCACGAUUUGUUUACAAGCAAGCAUUGUUCCGAAAAAUUCCUACAAUUAAAACAGUCUCACGGUUU